CCCUGGGCGCCGCCCUCCACCUCCCCUCCGCCUCUCCCCCCUGCAGCGUCCGGCCGCGCGCGCCUGGAGAGCGAGCCUGGACCUUCCACCUCUUCCCCCUCCAGCGUCCGGCUGUGCGCGCUUGGAGAGCGAGCCUGGACCCUCCACCUUCCUUCCCCCUCCUGCGUCGGCUGUGCGCGCCUGGAUUGCGCGCCGAGGCUGGGAUACCCGCCGCCGCAGGCCGGAGCGUGCAGACCCCCCGGCCGCGCUGAGCGCCCCGCAGGCCCGCCGCCAUGAGGGUGAAGAUCAAGUGCUGGAACGGCGUAGCCACCUGGCUCUGGGUGGCCAACGACGAGAACUGCGGCAUCUGCCGGAUGGCGUUCAACGGCUGCUGCCCGGACUGCAAGGUGCCCGGAGAUGACUGUCCCCUGGUGUGGGGCCAGUGCUCCCACUGCUUCCACAUGCACUGCAUCCUCAAGUGGCUGCACGCGCAGCAGGUGCAACAGUACUGCCCCAUGUGCCGGCAGGAGUGGAAGUUCAAGGAGUGACCACACGGCUGCCCUGGACCCGCCUCGUCCUGCCCGCCGCCAGCGCCUCUCCUCCCGCCGCCAGGAUGGCUUGGCGGAGCUGUGUGUGUUUCCUCCCAUCACGGUGCUGACAUUUUUAUCCAAUAAGUAAAAUUCAUUAAACCAUG